AUGUACCUGCCACGAGACCUAAUCUCACAUCUCUAUACAAACCUCGUUCGCUCACAUCACGCGCACUCGCCUGCAGUUCUGCUGCUUGUUGCUCUCGAGCCCGACUCAUUAUGCGCGUGCCGCAUCAUUACUGCCCUUCUACGGCGCGACUUCGUUCAACACAAGAUCCAGCCCGUAUCUGGCUAUGCAGAUCUGGCCAAGGCCGGUGAAACCCUCGUACGACCCAUGAAAACUACUGAAGGAGGUAGUGGCGGUCUUGUCAUAUGUCUGGGUGUCGGCGGCCUGGUGGAUCUGGGCGCUGUUCUGGGCCUGGAAGAUGAAGAUCUAAACGAAACAAUGUGCGGUGUCGAAGUAUGGGUCCUUGACGCGAGGAGACCGUACAACCUGGACAAUGUGUUUGGUGGCAUCCCCAUCGAAGCGCCUCUGGAAGAUGUGGUCAACGGUUCGAGACCACGCGCUCGUGGCGUGGAGAAAGGAUGCCUCCAGAAAUCAUAUAGAUCCGGCAAGGGAGGGAUAAUUGUCUUCGACGAUGGAGAUAUCGCCAGUGACCUCAACACCGAAAGAGAUGCGUAUUGUGCAUUGGCAGAGAUGCCUGAAGUUGAUGACGAGGCGGACGAUGAGGAUGACCAGGACGAUGACGGACGAGACACAGAACGUAGCUCGCAAUCUAAGAAGCGAAAAUCGUGGACCGAUCGAGACGACGAGAAUGAAGACACCGAAGAUGACGAUGAACGCCCCCGUCAAAGGCGAAGAAGCAACUCCGGCUCCUCAAUUGCGACCUCCCGGAGCAGAAGCAGAAGCAAGACUCCAUCCUCCUCUCAACCGACCUCCCCAUCCUCGAAACCACAGUCUCCGAAACAACAAACAGCCAAACAGCUUCGACAACGACUACGAAGGUUGCGGGAAGAGCAUGAAUCAGUCCUUCGGCAAUACAACAGUCUAGGUACUUCCUAUUCGGAGCCUGUCUCGACGUUGGCAUACUCCCUCGCCACGGACCUCGGUCGUGAAGACAACGACAUCCUCUGGCUAGCAAUAAUUGGGGUGACAUCCCUCGAACUCUCGGGCCAUACAUCAACUGGUUUGGGCACCUCCGUAUCACGAAGCACAGCCCUGACCACCCAACAACACCGCGGCUGGCGCAUGACGCGCUCAUCCCAAACCUACGCCCUCCUCCGUGAUGAAGUAAGACGUCUUAAUCCUCCACCCGCAGACCAGUCGCCGAUGAUAUCCCCCACAACAGGCACAAGCUCACCCAGUGAUACAACCAUUCGCUUGACGCCAGAUCCACGUUUCCUCCUCCUCAGGCAUUGGUCCCUAUACGAUAGCAUGCUGCAUUCAUCCUACCUCGCCGCGCGCCUGCAUGUGUGGAACGAAUCAGGCACCAAACGACUCCACAAACUCCUCGCCAAGAUGGGCGUUUCCUUGACGCAGUGCAAGCAAACGUACACUCACAUGGACAUGGAAUUGAAGAAGACCCUUCGCGACCGCCUGUUGAAAUACGCAGGCGUUUAUGGACUCGACGACCUCGUACCAUCCGGCACCGGGAGAGCUUCUUACGAGCAAGAGGGCUGGGGCUUCAUCCGCUCAUGGGGCUGGAAGGCUCAGCUCUCAGCCGUGGAUGUAGGCGUUAUAUUGGGUGCAAUUCUCGACGUUGGCCCAACCUCGACGUCCUCAGGCUCGUCCAACACGGCGUCAUACACGCAAUCACAGUCGCAAGCUUCCAAACUCUCUACCAAAGAAGACGUUCCCGACCGUUCCACCCUUCUGCUUCCACGCUUCUUUGCCGCAUAUGAUGCCCUCAAUCCUACUUCCCCCAGCAAACUCCUCGACGCGAUUUCCUCUGCACAACAUCUCCUUCGCUCGAUCCUGCGGACUGGCUCCUCUCUACUACAGAAACACCAGAUUCGCCAUCUUCGUGCAUUCAGAAUGGGUGUGGUCAAAGAAGGACCGGAUCUGCCGCUUUUCGCCGGGAGUCCCGGUGCGUUGGUCAAAUUGGCGUUGUGGGUGGGCGAGGCGAUUGCGGUGCAAGAAAGAGAAAAGUCGGGUGGGUGGGAUGGAUCAUUGCCGACGCCGUUAGUGCUUGCGGCUUUGGAUGAAGAGAGAGGCACGUACGUGGUUGUGGGCACAGGAGGUGGCAUUGGUGGAGGGGAGGAUAUCGAAGGGCGGAAGGAGCGGGAGCAAAAGCGGAAAAGACGGGAGGAAGAGAGGGAGAAGAAGAAGAAGGUGAGAGAGGAGAAACGGGCCGCCCGCAAAGCCCAACGAGAAUUACUUGGCGAGGAGUCUGACGCCGAAGACGAAGACACGGAAUCUGAAUCAGAACCCGAGUCCGAGUCCGAGGAUGAUGAGGUCGAUGAGGCGGAGUUGGAAAAGAGACGCAAGAGAGGAUACGGCCACAAUCGGUUUGGCAUUGCGUUCCAGGAGGUCGUGGAGGAGACGAACGCCAGGGUCAGGAUCGAUAGUUUCGAUCACUGUAUCGUCGAGGUCAAGAAGGAGGAUCUGGCUGGGUUUUUGGAGGGGUUGAGUCUGAAGGCUGUUGUUGGGCGGUAG